AUGUCUCCCAUACAGGUUGUUUUCUUUGUUUUAUCAAGGAUUUUCGUAUUAUUCUUUAGGUUAAUUAAGGUAAUUAUUACCCCUAUUCAGAAGUCAUUGGGUUACUUAUUUGGUGAUUAUCUGGAAGACUUAGAUCGUAAAUACAGGUUCAAGGAGGAUUGGUACAUUAUCCCUUACUUUUUAAAGAGUGUGUUUUGUUAUAUUAUUGAUGUGAGAAGGCAUAGAUUUCAAAACUGGUAUUUGUUCAUUAAACAGGUGAAACAAAAUGGUGAGCACUUAGCUAUUAGCUACACCCGUCCUAUGGCUGAAAAGGGCGAAUUUCAACUCGAAACAUUUACCUAUGCUGAAACCUAUAACAUAGUUUUGAGGUUAUCUCAUAUUUUGCAUUUUGACUAUAAUGUUCAAGCCGGUGACCACGUGGCAAUUGAUUGUACCAAUAAGCCCCUUUUCGUAUUUCUAUGGCUUUCUUUAUGGAACAUUGGUGCGAUACCAGCUUUCUUAAACUAUAAUACUAAGGGUACUCCGUUGGUUCACUCUUUAAAGAUUUCUGAUAUUACACAAGUGUUCAUUGACCCUGAUGCCAGUGAUCCGAUCAAAGAAUCAGAAGAGGGGAUAAAAAAUGCACUUCCUGGAGUCAAAUUAAACUAUAUUGAAGAACAAGAUUUAAUGCAUGAACUUCUAAACUCGCAAUCACCCGAAUUCUUACAACAGGACUCCAUUAGGACGCCAUCAGACUUGACCGAUUUCAAACCUUCUAUGUUGAUCUAUACAUCUGGAACAACAGGUUUACCGAAGUCCGCUAUUAUGUCUUGGAGAAAAUCUUCCGUAGGCUGUCAAGUUUUUGGUCAUGUUUUACAUAUGUCCAAUGAAAGCACUGUUUUCACAGCCAUGCCACUAUUCCAUUCUACUGCUGCCUUACUAGGUGCAUGCGCCAUUCUAUCCCACGGUGGUUGUCUUGCUUUAUCGCAUAAGUUCUCUGCAAGUACAUUUUGGAAGCAGGUUUAUUUAACAGGGGCUACCCAUAUUCAAUAUGUCGGAGAAGUCUGUAGAUACCUUUUACAUACUCCGAUUUCCAAGUAUGAAAAGAUGCAUAAGGUUAAGGUUGCUUAUGGUAAUGGUUUAAGACCUGACAUCUGGCAGGAUUUUAGGAAGAGGUUCAAUAUAGAAGUUAUUGGCGAAUUUUAUGGGGCGACCGAAGCUCCUUUCGCAACAACUACUUUUCAAAAGGGUGAUUUUGGAGUUGGUGCUUGCAGGAACUAUGGUACCAUCAUUCAGUGGUUUUUGUCGUUCCAACAAACAUUGGUAAGAAUGGAUCCAAAUGACGACUCUGUUAUAUAUAGAAAUUCUAAGGGUUUCUGUGAAGUGGCCCCAGUUGGCGAACCAGGUGAAAUGUUGAUGAGAAUCUUUUUUCCUAGAAAACCAGAAACUUCUUUCCAAGGUUAUCUUGGAAAUGCGAAAGAGACAAAAUCGAAGGUUGUGAGAAAUGUUUUUAGGCGUGGCGAUGCUUGGUAUAGAUGUGGUGACUUAUUAAAAGCAGAUGAAAAUGGAUUGUGGUAUUUUCUUGACAGAAUGGGCGAUACUUUCAGAUGGAAAUCUGAAAAUGUUUCCACUACUGAAGUAGAAGAUCAAUUAACAGCCAGUAACAAAAAACUAUAUGCUCACGUUCUUGUAGUUGGUAUUAAAGUACCCAAGUAUGAAGGGAGAGCCGGGUUUGCGGUUAUUAAAUUAACUGACAAUUCUCUUGACAUUUCUACCAAGACUAAACUAUUAAAUGACUCCUUGAGCCGUAUAAAUCUACCGUCUUAUGCUCUACCUUUAUUUGUCAAAUUUGUUGAUGAAAUCAAAAUGACCGAUAAUCAUAAGAUCUUAAAGAAGCUUUAUAGAGAGCAGAAAUUACCAAAGGGUUUAGACGGUAAUGACACUAUAUUUUGGCUCAAGAAUUAUAAGCGUUAUGAAGUUUUGACAACCGCUGAUUGGGAAGCUAUCGAUGCUCAAACAAUUAAAUUAUAG